AUGCACCAGGGAACGAUGCAAGUCACAAUACCAUUGCCGUGCGGGUGCGGCCAGUACUACACCGGCAACAGCGGCAGCUUCGAGAGCUUCAACUACGGGGGGUCGUACCUUGCCGGAGUCGACUACGGAAUCUGCUUCAGGAAGGAGAAGAACAAGUGCACGACGACCCUGACCACGCGGGGCCCCUCCUUCGUCGCCUGCCCCAUCGACCUGUACAGGCUGCCAGUCGGCCAGAAUGCGGGCACCUCCGCCUUCGCUCCACUCAACGUGCAGGCCAUGUACUGUCAGCUUAACGCCGCGCCCAACCCUCUCUUCACAAGCCUUGUCGCAGUCCAGACCCCCCUGACCACAGUUUCCAACGGCCCCCUCACCAUCUGGCACGCGACAGCCAUCGACGCCCUCCCCAACUUCCACAGCAACGCCAACUGUCCGACGUGCGCAGGAUUCAGCCAGGACUUCAUGCACAACGACUGUUAAUGACUGAUAAGCUACAGCGACCCCUCGCUGCUCUCGGCUCUCGCUAACCGAAAAAGGGGUCUCAUUUACUGUCAUGAUUUUGAUGGCCGUAAGAUCUGCUUCAGCCUCUCCAGGUCGCUUAUGUGGCAUUUAAGCACUUUAUCACAUGCUUCAUCAUACUUCGCCAUCGCCGAGAAGAGAUAACAAGCAAAACGAUGGUGCCGUCAUUUGGUAAACUGGCAUGUGGCGGCAACUUCAUUUUACGGAAUAAGAUAUCUAUUCAUCAUAUAAAUACACGUGUAUG